UGCUUGUCAAAUAGCUUAGCUCAGUUCCAAUUCUCACGCUCGCCCAGCCGAUUGGUUGUACGGUUCAAGAAGUAGCAGAAAACAAAGAGUAAAGCAAAAAAAAAACUUAUUGUAGUUAGUAGAACGUUGAGGCGCGUUUGAGAAAUAUUGUAAAGCAUUGACUAAACGCUUAGUAGAAAGUACCCACCAAAUAGUAGCCGCCGCAGAAUACCCACAGUUACUAUUUAACAAAAUUUAUUAGUAAAAAAAAAACAAUUGCAAUAAAAAUAAUAAUAAUAAUAAAAUUUAAUCAAAUUAAAAGUGCAUAAAACUUAACUAAUAAUAAUUAAGACGUGUGUAGCCAUCAAGUGAACACCAAAAUUUGCAUACAACUGUUGGAGACUGCAGUAACCCACGAAGAGGAGAGCAGGCGUUAGAACGAGAUUUUACAACUUUAGCUAUUUUUAGCCGCAACGCAGACAUUUAGAUAACUGUACGUAUAAGAAGACAUGCGCCUUGAUUCCAAUUCCAAUGAGGAUUGUAAGACGUCGUCAGACUCGACAUUGUGCAAAGUAAAAUUUGACACACUCUCAGUCUGGGGUGGCUCAGAGAAGACAGAUACCCGUCUGCCAAUAACGGAUUACUCCACUUUGGGGGGACCACGUCACAAUUGCAGUCCAUUUCCGUUAUCAAAAGAUGUUAAUAAUCGCUUUUUAUUGUGGGAUGGCGAUGUAACCACACUCGAAGUGGACGCCAUCACAAAUAUUAUCGAGGAGACACAAAACGAGACUAAUCCACUUGCCGAACGCAUUUAUGCCGCUGCCGGUAAUCAAUUGAAAGAAGAAUUAAGCAAUAAUCUAAAAGAGUGCCGAACUGGUGAGGUGUGCGUUACGCGUGGCUACAAUUUACCAGCCAAAUUUGUGAUACACACCGUCGGACCAGCUGUUAAGGAGACAUUCAAAAGUGCUGCUGAAAGUACAUUGCAUUACUCUUACAGAAAUGCUUUGUACAAAGCUAAAGAACUAAAUCAACGUACAAUCGCUAUCAGCAACUUAAGUGCCAAUCAGAGUAGUUUCCCAGCCGAUUUAGCUGCCCACAUAGCAUUGCGUACAAUUCGUCGAUUUUUAGAUAAAUAUCAAACGCAAAUUGUGAUAUUGUGUGUUAGCGCACACGAACGUGGCAUUUAUGAAGUGCUAGCGCCGCUUUACUUUCCACGCGAUCACCUCGAGGAGCGUAGCGCACUGUGGCAAUUGCCAAAGGAUAUUGGUGGUGAAUUUGGUGAACCACAAAACACGGACCGACAAAUACGUAUCAUUCGUAAUCCACAGCAUAGCGUACUAAUGAGACACGCUGACGACGAUUCGGACAACAGCCCACACGAUAUGGAAGGCAACAAUUCGGACUUAGAGAGCGGCUUUGCCGACAUGAACGGCGUGAGCCUGAACAGUUACGGCGGCAUCACAUCGUCAGCCUAUUCCCAGAUGCAGAUCGAUUUGGACAGACAACAUUUAUUGGGCAAUCGAAAUCACGUUGUUGAGAGUGUUAUUGCCGAUGGCCUCGAAGGCCUGGAACAUCAAGAAAGAUAUGAACGCCUCUUACAUCGCGCCCAGAUUGAAGAUCUUACAGAAGUCUCCGGCAUUGGUUGCCUGUAUCAGAGCGGCGUUGACCGUUUGGGCCGACCAGUUGUCGUGUUUUGCGGCAAAUGGUUCCCAGCACACAAUAUCGAUUUGGAGAAAGCACUUUUGUAUUUGAUAAAACUUUUGGAUCCCAUCGUUAAGGGCGAUUAUGUAAUUGCGUACUUCCAUACUUUGACUUCAACAAAUAACUAUCCAUCGCUUCACUGGUUGCGUGAAGUAUACAGUAUAUUACCAUACAAAUACAAGAAAAACCUGAAGGCCUUCUAUAUUGUGCAUCCAACAUUCUGGACAAAGAUGAUGACCUGGUGGUUCACAACAUUCAUGGCGCCCGCCAUUAAAGCCAAGGUACACUCACUUCCCGGUGUCGAGCAUUUAUACUCCGCCAUAUCCAAGGAUCAAUUAGAGAUACCCGCAUAUAUCACCGAAUACGAUAUGACGAUUAACGGUCUGCAUUACUUUACGCCGAUGCCGACACCAUCAUAGAUAACAAUUGUUACCAUCUAGUCGUACAUAUUACAAGUUCCAGUCUAAAAGCAUAGCGACAACAACAACAAUAUGAUGAGAAAACAACAAUAAGCGCCUAAUACAAUACAUGCAAAAACAAAAACAAAAUGUUAAAAAACUAAAACUGUGACUAACAAUCCGUUGAAAAGCUGAAUGUUGUACCUACUGACAUACAAACACACACACACUCACAUGCAUACUAACAAAUACAUACAUCAAUCAGUGCGUACUAAAACUAGAUAUACUCGUACAUAUGUUUUGUCAAUGAAAUUAUGCUGCAUAUAAGUAAAUACAAAAUAGACUAAUGUUUGGCAUAUUAUAUGCUAUAUAUACAUACAUACAUACACACAUACUUACUUACAUACAUAUACAUAUACAUACAUAUAUAGUGAGCGAUGCUGAUUUAUAAAUAUUUGAAACGAGUAAUUAUUGUAAAGUUAUUGCAAUUAUGAAACGAGAGUAUUGUUAAUAAAAAAAGCUAAAAAAAUUGUUAUUCUGUGCGAAAAAAAAAUGUUUAGCUAACUAGAUUUUCAAAAAAAUUAUAUAUAUAUACAUAAAAAACAUAAAAAAUAAUAUUAUAAUAGCAACAAAAAAAUAUUAAUUUAAAUUAGUAACUGAAACGUACAGUAGUUAUGUAGCACAGCUAGAAAAAAAUAAUUGAUGAGCUGAAAAAAAUUGUAGAUUUACUUAGAUUUGACAACAACAAAGUGAAAAAUGUGAAAACAAACAACAAGAAAAACAACAACAAAUGUUCUUAUGAUGAGCAUAUAUAGUUAAUUAGAACAAUUCGGUCGAUUAGGAACGUUUUUCGAAAAUUCAUGCUGCUAGCAAUAAAUGCACUUAUUUACAACAAAAAAAAA